AUGUGGUACAAUUCGGAACCUGUAGUAGUUUCCCUAGAAAGGGACUACCGAAGCUGGUGGACAACUUUCCCGGCGGUUACAGCUUGUUUUAUAGACAGGGUGGAACCGGAAAAGGCAAGAUACGUCAUCGAGAGCACCUGGAAUGUGUCUCAAGAAUCGGACGCCGUACGAUUUCAGUACUACAUGGAUUUCAUCGAGCUCGUUGCCGAUGUCUCUUUCCGGGAAAAUUUGCAGAACUUCUGGAAGUAUCAAGCUGAUGAUACAGUUAAAGACCUUAACUUACUAGAACUUGCGUUAGCUGUACAUCCGAAUUGGACGCUGGACGUGACUCUGUCUCAGAAAGAAGCUAAUGUUAUCUGGCAUCCAGUUAUGACCGAAGUUGGGAUGUGUCUGACUUUUAACUCACUUUAUGCAGAAUUCCAGUACAUGCGCCAGGACAUGAAAUGGAUACCGCAGCCUCUUUUGCAGUGCCAUUAUCACAGUGGACAAUGCUACGUCAGGGUAGACUCGCAGAGUACUGCCGUCAGGUACUUCGUGCACUCUCCAUAUGAGAUCUCAACAGCUAUUUCUAAUCCAACUGGAGAAGUUCUACCUGGUGAGGAGCUCGUCAUUGAUUACAAGGUAGCUGCUAUUUCUCCAUUAUUAUUAGCGGUUGCAAAAGGUGACACGUCAACACUAAUUCAAACCUUCAAGAAAAGAGCUAACGCACGCUAA